AGACCCCAUAACCUCGAGCUGAAUUCCCUUUCCGGGGGGUUAUACAUGUGACUUGAUGGACCAACAGACUACUAAUUUAAAAGGUUCUUGGAUCCUUCUCAACCUAUUCAUCGCAUCGUCUUCUACAAGAGCAUCAUCUAUAACCAGUGGUGGCUGCUAAAUCAAUUACAUCCUCCUCGCUCCUCUUUACCGCAUCUCUGAAUACUCUUUCAACUUUGAGAAAAAUCAUGUCUCAAACCGUUGCCUUUGUCACAGGAGCGACUGGUCAUCAAGGCGGUGCUACCGCACGCGAACUCUUGAAAUCAGGAGUCAAAGUCCAUGCCCUCGUUCGGGAUCCGUCUUCCAAGUCUGCCAUUGAUCUCCAGCGCCUGGGGGCCCACCUAUUCCCCGGUGAUUUCGACAAUCCAUCGUCAUUGAAGGCUGCGAUGGGAGGCGCUACUGCAGUGUUUCUUAAUAUAUUGCCCGUCUCGUCUGACACCAAUCGGGAGGUGAUUCACGCCAAGAAUAUUAUCGAUGCCACUAUUGCGUCCGGCACAGUUACCACUAUCGUCUAUUCAAGCGUGACAAUGGCUGGUAGACACGAAGAGUUCCCGAACUGGGGACCGGACUACCCACUGGCGUGGUACUGGGAGAGCAAGGCUCAAAUCGAGUCAAUGGUGCGAGGGUCUGGGAUAAAGUACUGGACCAUUCUUCGACCCGCAUUCUUGAUGUUCAACUAUCUCCUGCCAAAGGCGUCUUACAUGUUUCCUGAUUUGGUUCGACCCCGGGCUUUUUUGAUGGCGUACAAGCCUACCACUGCAAUGACGAUACUCGAUGGUUCUGACGUCGGAAAGUUUGCGGCUGCUGCGAUUGUUGAACCGUCGGCGUAUAACAUGCACGAGAUAGACUUGGGUGUGGAAUCUCUUACGCCGGCAGAGAUUGUGCGGGAGCUGAGCCGAGUUUCUGGAAAGGACAUUUCCCUCCAAUUCUAUAAUGAGAAAGAGGUGGAAGAGCUUGCGUUGACGGACCUUCGCAUUCAGAGCCAAGUGUGGACGAACGAAGUUGGGUAUCAGGUCAACUUCAAGGAGCUUGAAAAAUACCCGAUCCGCCUGACUAGGUUCGCGGAGUAUCUUGAGAAGCAUCGGGAGGAAGUUCUAAAGGUGUUGGCUUGA